ACGGAGCGCAGCCUUCACACCGAGUGCAACCUUUGCACGGAGUGCAACCUUUGCUCGGAGUGCAGCCUUCGCAUGGAGUGCAGCGUUUGCACGGAGUGCUGCCUUCGCAAGGAGUGCUGCCUUCGCAAGGAGUGCUGCCUUCGCAAGGAGUGCUGCUGUUGCACGGAGUGCAGCCUUCGCAUGGAGUGCAGUCUUCGCGUGGAGUGCAGACUUCGCAUGGAGUGCAGCCAUCGCAUGGAGUGCGGCCUUUGGAUGGAGUGAAGCCUUCACAUGGAGUGCUGCCUUCACACGAAGUACUGCUGUUGCACGGAGUGCAACAUUCGCAUGGAGUGCAGCCUUCGCAGUGAGUGCAGCCAUCGCACGGAGUGCAGCUUUGCACAGAGUGCAGCCUUCGCAAGCAGUGCAGCCUUCGCAAGGAGGCAGCCUUCGCAAGGAGUGCUGCCUUCGCAAGGAGAGCUGCUUUCGCAAGGAGUGCUGAUUCGCAAGGAGUGCUGCCUUCAUAAGGAGAGCUGCCUUCUUAAGGAGUGCUGCCUUUGCAAGGAGUGCAGCCUUCGCACCGAGUGCAUCCUUCGCACGGAGUGCAGCCUUCACAUGAAAUGCAGCCUUCUCAAGGAGUGCAGUCAUCGUAUGGAGUGGAGCAUUUGCAUGGAGUUCAGCCUUCCCAUGGAGUGAAGCCUACGCACGGAGUGCUGCUGUUGCACAGAGUGCAGCCUUCGCAUGGAGUGCAGCCUUCGCAUGGAGUGCAGCCAUGACAUGGAGUGCAGCCUUCACAAGUAGUGCAGCCUUCGCAAGGAGUGCUGCCUUCGCAAGGAGUGCUGCCUUCGCAAGGAGUGCUGCCUUCGCACGGAGUGGAGCCUUCACACGGAGUGCAGCCUUCGCACGGAGUGCAGCCUUCGCACGGAGUGCAGCCUUCGUGCGGAGUGCAGCCUUCGCGCGGAGUGCAUCCUUCGCAGGGAGUGCAUCCUUCGCGCGGAGUGCAGCCUUCGCACGGAGUGCAGCCUUCACAUGAAAUGCAGCCUUCGCAAGGAUUGCAGUCUUCGUAUGGAGUGGAGCAUUUGCAUGGAGUACAGCUUUCCCAUUAAGUGAAGGCUUCACACGGAGUGUUGCUGUUGCACGGAGUGCAGCCUUCGCAUGGAGUGCAGCCUUCGCAUGGAGUGCAGCCAUCGCAUGGAGUGCAGCCUUCGCACGGAGUGCAGCCUUCACAAGGAGUGCAGCCUUCGCAAGGAGUGGAGCCUUCGCAAGGAGUGCUGCCUUCGCAAGGAGUGCUGCCUUCGCAAGCAGUGCUUCCUUCACAAGGAGUGCCGCCUUCGCAGGGAGUGCCGCCUUCGCAAGGAGUGCCGCCUUCGCAAGGAAUGCUGCCAUCACAAGGAGUGCUGCCUUCGCAAGGAGUCCAGCCUUCACACAGAGUGCAGCCUUCGCACGGAGUGCUGCCUUCGCACGGAGUGCAUCCUUCGCAGGGAGUGCAGCCUUCGCACGGAGUGCAGCCUUCGCACGGAGAACAGCCGUCGUAUGGAGUACAGCCUUUGCACAGAGUGCAGCCUUUGCACAGAAUGCAGCCUUUGCACGAGGUGCAGCCUUUGCAUGGGGUGCAGCCUUCACAUGAAAUGCAGUUUUUGCAUGGAUUGCAGUCUCCGUACGGAGUGCAACCUUCGCUCGGAGUGGAACCUUCGAUCAGAGUGCAACCUUCGCUCGGAGUGCAACCUUCGCUCCGAGUGCACCCUUCGCUCAGAGUGCAGCCUUCGCAUGGAGUGCAGCCUUCGCAUGGAGUGCAGCUUUUGCAUGGAGUGCAGCCUUUGCAUGGACUGCAGACUUCACAUGGAGUGCAGCGUUCGCAUGGAGUGCAGUCUUCACAUGGAUUGCAGCCAUCGCAUGGAGUGCAGCCUUCGCAUGGAGUGAAACCUUCACAGGGAGUGCUGCCUUCGCACGAAGUGCUGCUGUUGCACGGAGUGCAGCCUUCUCAUGGAGUGCAGCCUUCACACGGAGUGCAGCCAUCGCACAGAGUUCAGCCUUUGCACGGAGUGCAACCUUCGCAAGGAGUGCAGCCUUCGCAACGAGUGCAGCCUUCGCAAGGAGUGCUGCCUUCGCAUGGAGUGCUGCCUUUGCAAGGACUGCUGCCUUCGCAAGGAGUGCUGCCUUCACAAGGAGUGCUGCCUUCGCAAGGAGUGCUGCCUGCGCAAGGAGUGCUGCCUUCGCAACGAGUGCUGCUUUCGCACGGAGUAUUGCCUUCGCACGGAGUGCAACCUUCGCACGGAGUGCAGCCUUCGCACGGAGUGCAGCCUUCGCACAGAAUGCAGCCUUCGCACGGAGUGCAGCCUUUGCACGGAUUGCAGCCUUCGCAAGGACUGCAGCCUUCGCACAGAGUUCAGCCUUCGCAAGGAGUGCUGCCUUCGCAUGGGGUGCUGCCUUCGCAUGGGGUUCUGCCGUCGCACGGAGUGAGGCCUUCGCACGGAGUGCAGCCUUCGCACAGAGUGCAGCUUUCGCCCCGAGUGCAGCCUUCGCACGGAGCGCAGCCUUCACACCGAGUGCAACCUUUGCACGGAGUGCAACCUUUGCUCGGAGUGCAGCCUUCGCAUGGAGUGCAGCGUUUGCACGGAGUGCUGCCUUCGCAAGGAGUGCUGCCUUCGCAAGGAGUGCUGCCUUCGCAAGGAGUGCUGCUGUUGCACGGAGUGCAGCCUUCGCAUGGAGUGCAGUCUUCGCGUGGAGUGCAGACUUCGCAUGGAGUGCAGCCAUCGCAUGGAGUGCGGCCUUUGGAUGGAGUGAAGCCUUCACAUGGAGUGCUGCCUUCACACGAAGUACUGCUGUUGCACGGAGUGCAACAUUCGCAUGGAGUGCAGCCUUCGCAGUGAGUGCAGCCAUCGCACGGAGUGCAGCUUUGCACAGAGUGCAGCCUUCGCAAGCAGUGCAGCCUUCGCAAGGAGGCAGCCUUCGCAAGGAGUGCUGCCUUCGCAAGGAGAGCUGCUUUCGCAAGGAGUGCUGAUUCGCAAGGAGUGCUGCCUUCAUAAGGAGAGCUGCCUUCUUAAGGAGUGCUGCCUUUGCAAGGAGUGCAGCCUUCGCACCGAGUGCAUCCUUCGCACGGAGUGCAGCCUUCACAUGAAAUGCAGCCUUCUCAAGGAGUGCAGUCAUCGUAUGGAGUGGAGCAUUUGCAUGGAGUUCAGCCUUCCCAUGGAGUGAAGCCUACGCACGGAGUGCUGCUGUUGCACAGAGUGCAGCCUUCGCAUGGAGUGCAGCCUUCGCAUGGAGUGCAGCCAUGACAUGGAGUGCAGCCUUCACAAGUAGUGCAGCCUUCGCAAGGAGUGCUGCCUUCGCAAGGAGUGCUGCCUUCGCAAGGAGUGCUGCCUUCGCACGGAGUGGAGCCUUCACACGGAGUGCAGCCUUCGCACGGAGUGCAGCCUUCGCACGGAGUGCAGCCUUCGUGCGGAGUGCAGCCUUCGCGCGGAGUGCAUCCUUCGCAGGGAGUGCAUCCUUCGCGCGGAGUGCAGCCUUCGCACGGAGUGCAGCCUUCACAUGAAAUGCAGCCUUCGCAAGGAUUGCAGUCUUCGUAUGGAGUGGAGCAUUUGCAUGGAGUACAGCUUUCCCAUUAAGUGAAGGCUUCACACGGAGUGUUGCUGUUGCACGGAGUGCAGCCUUCGCAUGGAGUGCAGCCUUCGCAUGGAGUGCAGCCAUCGCAUGGAGUGCAGCCUUCGCACGGAGUGCAGCCUUCACAAGGAGUGCAGCCUUCGCAAGGAGUGGAGCCUUCGCAAGGAGUGCUGCCUUCGCAAGGAGUGCUGCCUUCGCAAGCAGUGCUUCCUUCACAAGGAGUGCCGCCUUCGCAGGGAGUGCCGCCUUCGCAAGGAGUGCCGCCUUCGCAAGGAAUGCUGCCAUCACAAGGAGUGCUGCCUUCGCAAGGAGUCCAGCCUUCGCACAGAGUGCAGCCUUCGCACGGAGUGCUGCCUUCGCACGGAGUGCAUCCUUCGCAGGGAGUGCAGCCUUCGCACGGAGUGCAGCCUUCGCACGGAGUACAGCCGUCGUAUGGAGUACAGCCUUUGCACAGAGUGCAGCCUUUGCACAGAAUGCAGCCUUUGCACGAGGUGCAGCCUUUGCAUGGGGUGCAGCCUUCACAUGAAAUGCAGUUUUUGCAUGGAUUGCAGUCUCCGUACGGAGUGCAACCUUCGCUCGGAGUGGAACCUUCGAUCAGAGUGCAACCUUCGCUCGGAGUGCAACCUUCGCUCCGAGUGCACCCUUCGCUCAGAGUGCAGCCUUCGCAUGGAGUGCAGCCUUCGCAUGGAGUGCAGCUUUUGCAUGGAGUGCAGCCUUUGCAUGGACUGCAGACUUCACAUGGAGUGCAGCGUUCGCAUGGAGUGCAGUCUUCACAUGGAUUGCAGCCAUCGCAUGGAGUGCAGCCUUCGCAUGGAGUGAAACCUUCACAGGGAGUGCUGCCUUCGCACGAAGUGCUGCUGUUGCACGGAGUGCAGCCUUCUCAUGGAGUGCAGCCUUCACACGGAGUGCAGCCAUCGCACAGAGUUCAGCCUUUGCACGGAGUGCAACCUUCGCAAGGAGUGCAGCCUUCGCAACGAGUGCAGCCUUCGCAAGGAGUGCCGCCUUCGCAAGGAGUGCUGCUUUUUUCACAAGGUGUGCUGUUUUGGCAAGAUUUUGUUUGCAGAUCAUGUGUGAGGGACACCGCUCCUAGAGGGCACUGCUUGCCACGCCCUCCACCUGCUCCACCCUCCUCGGCAGCCGGCGCCGCAGGAAGGCCGCAGGCAGCGCUUCACGCCACACGGUGCUGCCUGUGUUUCUCAGGGUUUUGAGCGGCAGCAGACGGCGGUGGGCGCGACGCGAGAUCGCUCGUCGACUUGAAGUCAAGCGCCGGCACGACACUCGGGAACGACAGAGCAGAGAGCUUUGUGAGGAAGACGCCAGCGAACCGCAGCCUGGCCGACCCCUCUCCAGGACGACAACGCGACAGCAGCGGCCACUAUGCACGCCACGCCCGACUGGCCACGGCCCAGAUGGACAGUAGCUUCAAGAUAAGCGGCGUCUGUAGCAGCAGAUACUUUCCAUGUACAGUCUAUGUAACACAGACAUGGAAACUGUUAUACAGAAGAACAUUGCUUAUUUUGCAUGCCGCCAUUUGCAUGCCACACUUCUGUGUAACAUAAAGUUAGGUAUUGUAUUUUUUUUUCCUUUUUUAAUAAAACACAGUAAUACGA